AUGGACGACUCUAUCUGGGAAUCAUACAAGCCAGAACUUCAACAGCUGUACAUCCAACAGAACAUGAAACUGCCGGAAGUCAUGGACUUUAUGUCGACAGAACACGGCUUUCAAGCAAGCAAAGGGCAGUACACGAAGUACUUUUCCCGCUGGAAAUUUCAGAAGUACCAGACAGUGUCCUCAUCAAAUAGCAAGUUCAUUGACAGACGUGUCAACAAACGACGGCAAAUGUUCGGCAAAGAAAGCGAGGUGUACAUCAACGGCGUCGAGUAUCCCACUAAAAAGGUCAAAAGAGCGCGAUACCGCAAAGCCUACCUGACGGCGUCCGCCGCAGUUGAUAUCAAUUCUGACGGAAUCGUUGUCUGCACCCCCGUAUCACCUGGGAUGAAUAUCCACUGGAACAAUUCGCUUCCCUGGCUACGGUUCGCGAGGCUAUUGCAACCUGGAUCAAUUGAAGAUCUACCUUCGCCGGCCGCGAGACUCGCCGUCACCUCCCCACAAAGCCACAACGCUGACUCGUACACGGUGAUCCCGGAGCUACUGAAGUGGCUGAAGGAUGUCGUGCCUUGGUCCCGCCUCUCCCUCGCGGAAGGCAUUAACAGCGCCUCGCGCAUCGACACAGUUCUGAGAAUUCUCUUACCAGAAGCGCAGGAGGGUCAGCACUAUGCACUAGCUGCGAGAAUCUGCGGGUACAAACAAACCACCCUGGAUACCUUCAGUAUAACCAUGUUCUUGUUAUCGAACAACUUCCCGACAGGAGACCGAAAGUCACACGACCAGCGUGUGUUGAAAAUGCUCCGAGCCUCCGGUUGGGAUAGUCGGACCAAACUUCAAGAGUUGCUAUCAAGUAAGGAGCCAACGGCUGGAGCGAUCAUGGAACAGCUCUUCGGAAGCGCAUUGCGGGAGUUUGAUAUAGAUAUUGUGAGCAUGCUACUUGACGCUGGCAUGAGCCCCGACUGUCUGAUCCGCGGCGACUGCAGUGAACCCAGUACACCGUUGGGGUUCCUGGCAGGACAUCUUUGGGAUAGGCGUGCUACUGACCCAAUAGGCCUCCUUAACCUUCUUCACUCCCACGGAGCAGAUAUUGACAAGUCGGGCCAUCGAACCUCACCUCUCGAAGAGGCUGUGCGUUGCAGUGAUACUGACACAAUUGAGUGGUUCCUCUCCCAUGGAGCUCAAAUCACGCGGUCAUGUAUAGCGGGUAAGAGAUCCGGAAACGUUGGUGGGACUAAGAUAUUGGCUCGCGCGGAUGUUGAUUCUCCAUCUUGGGAUAUUAGAUCGGGAUCGUAG